AUGGGGAACAAAGGGGACAAUACUAAUCCUGCAGGCAUGACAAAUUCUCUGUUUGGGCAAAGCGCACAAUCUGGUGGUGGGCUCUUCGGUUCUGGCGGUGGGUUUGGAAGCUCGGGUGGGGCAGGCGGUGGCUUCGGCGCGUCUGCAUCAGGAUUUGGUCAGAGUCAGGCCGCGUUUGGCCAGUCGCAGGGUGGUGGUCUGUUUGGCGGGAAUUCUGGCUUUGGCAAUACUAGCGGGUUUGGUCAGUCAAGCGCCGCUGGCUUCGGCUCAUCAGGGUUUGGACAAUCAGGUGGCGGAUUAUUUGGACAGUCGCGAAGCGGCUUUGGUGCGCAGUCUGCUCCAGCUUUUGGGGCAGGGGCAGCAGGAUUUGGGCAAACUUCUGCGUUUGGCUCCGGUGCAAGUGGUUUCGGUGCGAGCGGUUCUGCGUUCGGUGGUAGUGGUGGUGGCGCUUCGGGUUUUGGAGCUGGAGGAAACGCCUUUGGUGCUGGGGGAGGUGGUUUCGGGGCGGGAGGCGGUGGCUUCAAUUCAAGCAGUGGCUUCGCAGGUGGCUUCGGUCAGUCUAAUCCGCAAUCGGGGGGAAAUAUAUUUGGACAGGCAAGUUCUGGUGGGGGUUUCGGAACACAACAAUCUCAGUCCCUUUUCGGAUCACAACAACCGCAGAGUGGUGGCGGGCUGUUUGGCAACUCUGCCGCACCAGCAGGGGGUUCCCUUUUUGGCGGGCAAAGCCAACCCAAUCUGUUCGGCGGUGGCCAACAAAAUAGCUUGUUUGGCGGAGGAGGUCAAUCGCAAUCGCUGUUUGGAGCCAACGCCGGAGGUCAGAAGCCGCCCUUCGGGCAAAGUGCUCCAGCAACCGGGUUUUCCGCUGCUGCGUUUGGGCAACAAAGUGGGGGCGGUGGCGGUCUCUUCGGCAACACCGGAUCUGGAUUUGGACAAAGCGCUCCCGCUACUGGACUUGGUGGCUUCGGUGUAACGGGCUUUGGAGCUCAACCCCAACCUCAACAGCAGAACCAACCAGGUCUUUUCGGUGCGUCGGGUGGCCAAGUCGGCCAGGUUACAGUCCCAAGUGGAUUUUCUCUCCAGAACACUUACAAUGCUGUCACCCAGGGUGCGGGAGGAACAGUUGCCCCACCCGGUGUCAACUACGGAACAGUUUUGCACAAUCUACAGCAACUUCAAGGAGGAAUUGAAGAGCAAAAGCGUCUCUUAGAACAACAAGCAAAACAAGAAGCACAGAAGACGCGUCAACAGCAGUCCUUGUCUAUAGUGGUCGUACCCCCUCCUCCUGUGAAACUUUCGACAGGAAGAGGGUCUGGUACUUCUGGUCAGUAUUCCUCGCGAACUCCCGGCCGAACAAAAAUGAGAGGUGUGGUCGGGAGGAUCAACGGAGCAAGGAGCAGGGUUUCCGGUACUCCGCUCAAACUGCCUGAAUCAGAGGUGAAAAUCGAAAGGGGACUUGCGGAUACUCCAUCACGGUCCAAUUCGACUAGUCGCAAGAUGACACUCUUUUCCCCGCAACAGUUUACAGGCCCGAAAAGAAGGGUCCUGCGGUCAUCGGAAAUCACCACUCCGCACAAGACUAGGCCCUUUCCACUCCCUGUACCAGUCUCUGAAAGAAAGAGUACCCCACAGAGAAGAAUGUCUGAUCUUGAGGACAACGAAAGUGAUGUAGGUCUUGAUGAAGUGACGAAAGAAACGUCGCCGAAUUCUAGGACUAAUGCAAACCGGGGAGACGAUGUCCGAAAGUCGCCGCUGCAGAGAACCCCGCUUGGAUCACCAGGACGAGGAGAAGAUAAGAGCAACGGCUCGUUGAAGGGAUCCGAGGGCAAGCGUUUUAGUGGCGUGCAUUCGAGUCGGCGUGACUUUAUGUGGUCAUCUCCACGCCCAUCAGCAUGGAGUUUGAACACUCCUCUUGACUCUGACGACCAGUACAACCCAGACAAAUACCUUCCAUACUUGACGAAGGAAGGGUUUUAUACCGUUCCAAGCAUGGCAGAACUCGCAUCCAGGACGAUGAAAGAACUUCAAUCGGUUGAAAAUUUUACAGUUGGCCGAAAAGGGUUCGGAGAGAUCCAGUGGAUUGAACCAGUGGAUGUUCGGGGUCUCGAUCUCGAUCUUGUCGUCGAUAUUCAAAAGGGGGAGGUAGCAGUGUACCCGGAUCGCGAAGCAGACCAACUUGAUGCGCCAGCCCGGAUCACACUCGAAGGCAUGUACAAGAAGGACAAGCGCGCCGGGACCCCAACCUCGGACAGGGACGCGAUAUCAAAGUACAGGCAGAAGCUUCAAGGAUUUUGCGAAAUGAAUCACUUGAUGUUUGUUGACUACAAUUCUGACACCGGACAGUGGGUCUUUGAGGCUGAGAGUUUCGCAGAGGCAUGA